CCACUCAUUAUAUUUGUUGCUUAAAGCUUCCUCUCCUCUCCCUUAUCCUCUAUCAUUCAUUUUCAUUCUCUCUCUCUACCUAUCUUUCUCUCUCUUUUCAUCACACUGAACAACUCAGCUGCAGUGCCAAGUUCCCACUAACCAUUACAAUUUGUGUGUCACCUCAUCUCUUGUCUGACUUCCCCACACAAUUUAUUGACAGUGAAAAAAAGUUUUUAUUUUUGAAAAAAAUAAACCCCACCAAUUUUUUUCAUAAAAAAGUGCUUAUUAUAGAGAGAGAGAAAUUAGUUAUAUGAAAUAGAAGGAUCAUGGAAUUGGAAGGUGAUCAUCAAAGUAAUGGAAUCCGAAGCAGACCAAAUUUCCCUCUUCAGCUUUUAGAAAAAAACAACAUCAUCGAACAUGUCUCCGAAGAACAACCUUGUUCAACCACCGCAAACGACGGUUCUUCUACUGCCAUGGUAUCAUCAGACCAACAGAAAAAGCCACCGCCGAAGCGGGCCUCGACUAAAGAUCGGCACACGAAGGUCGACGGACGAGGCCGCCGGAUCCGUAUGCCGGCUGCCUGCGCCGCGAGAGUCUUCCAGCUCACGCGUGAGCUGGGACACAAAUCCGACGGCGAGACGAUCGAGUGGCUACUUCAGCAGGCUGAGCCAUCGGUUAUAGCCGCAACAGGAACAGGAACAAUCCCAGCUAAUUUCACGAGUCUUAACAUCUCUCUUAGAAGCUCUGGUUCAACUAUGUCUGCUCCGUCGCACUAUUUUAGAGGUAAUUACUUCAACCCUAGUUCGUUUUCAUCUGCCGCGGCCGCGGCUCAGAUUCGAAACCGCGCUGAAUGGGAUAGAACUAUGAACAUGAACGUUGUAACUGAAGAUUCUAGAAGAACUAACACUAUGCUAGAGAAUCCUUCUUCUUUAUCAGCGAUUUUGAAUUUCAACAACGUGCAAAAUGCUAUUCUUCAAGCUAAACAAGAGCUCCGGGAUGAAAACACUACCUCCGCCGCUGGCGGCGCCAGCAGCGGAUUUGAAUUGUUGGGUGCUGAUUCUGACGGAAGCAUAGGGAGAAAAAGAAGGUCAUCAGAGCAUGAAUUGUUAUCACAAAAUAUGGGAAGCUAUUUGUUACAAUCAAAUGUGGGGUCACUUCCUUCGAGCCAUGCUUCCAAUACGGCAGCGUUUUGGAUGGUAACUGGUAAUGGGAACCAAAGUGUUAAUGGUGGUAAUGGUAAUGGCAAUGGAAAUGGAAAUGGAAAUGAUCCAAUCUGGGCAAUUCCUUCUGUUGGAAAUAAUGGCUUAUAUAGAGGAGCCAUGUCUUCUCCAAACGGAAUUCAUUUCAUGAAUUUCGGUUCUCCAAUGAAUCUAAUGCCAGGAAGUCAAUAUGGUUCUGGAAUCAUCGGCGGUGGCGGAGGAGGAAGCGGCGGUGGUAUUCUCGCCGAAAGCAAUUUAAGUAUGCUUUCCGCCAUGAAUGCCUAUAGGCAGAUUUCUGCAAAUGGUAUGUCCGAGUCCUCCGGACAACACCACGGUGGAGGAGGAGGAGAUGACGACGGACAUGACUCAAGCAGUCAACACUCUUAAAAGAUUGAUCAAGUAAUUACAAGUCUAUGAUCUGAUGCUAGCUUCUUAAUUUUUCUUUUAAUUAUUAUAAUUAAUUAUAAGUUUUGGUAAUGGUUAAUUAAUUAAUAUGCAAAAAUAUAUAUAUUAUAUAUACAUAUAUAAAUAUAUUAUAUAUGUUAUUUGUUAUGUUAUUUUAUUUUUAUGUUAAUGUCCAUUUUUUUUU